AUGGGAAAACAAAGACGUGCUGCUAUUUUGCCCACGAAUAUCAUUCUUCUUCAGAAUGUGGUACGCAGGGACCCCGAGUCCUAUUAUGAAGAGUUUUUACAGCAGUAUUCCCACUAUCAGAGUCUCAGGGACAUUUUUCUUUUGAACCCAUCGGCCGAUGAGGGCACGGAAUUUGCAGAUUUGAUUGGAUUUGUGUCUGCUGUGUGUAAUUGUUACCCCAAGGAAACAGCCAACUUUCCACAGGAACUCAGAACGAUCUUACUUGAAAACCAUAGAGCAUUAAAUUCCGACUUGAGAGAAAAAAUUAUUCAGUGUUUGACCAUGUUGCGUAACAAAGAUAUCAUAUCCGCCGAAGACCUUAUUCAAACUUUAUUCCCGUUAUUGACGGCGUACUCAUCGCAAACAGCAUCGCAAAACGGAUCGAAUGUUAAAGCCUUGCGUGCCCAAAUCUACUCAACGUUGAUCUCGUUGCUCAAGUCGGUGAACACUGGCGCCAAAAACCAAAAAAUUAACCGGUCAACCCAAGCACUUCUUUUCAAUCUUUUGGAACAAAAAGACUCCCAGGGUCUCUGGGCCACCAAGCUCACGAGAGAACUCUGGCGUAGAGGAAUCUGGGACGAUUCUCGUACGGUGGAAAUCAUGACCCAAGCUGCCAAUCACCCAGAUGUGAAAGUGGCCAUUUCAGCGGCUAGAUUUUUCCUUGGUGCCGACAAAGAAAGAGAAGAGAAUUUUGAGGACAAGUCGGAAGAUGAAGAUGGGUUCGAUAUGACGACUUUAAGGCAUCAAUUUCUGAUCAAUAAAAAGUCGUCCAAGAGAGGCAGAAAACUUGAGCAGGCUGCGAAAACCAUCAAAAAGAAAAAUGCCAACAAAGGACUUGCAACCUAUCUCAACUUUUCAGCUAUCCACCUUCUUCGAGACCCACAAGGAUUUGCUGAGAGUCUUUUCAACAACCAUCUCAGCGGGAAAAACUCCAACAAAUACGAUCUUGAACAAAAAAUUCUUUUCAUGAACUUGGUUUCGCGACUCAUUGGAACCCACAAGUUGACGGUUUUGGGCAUAUAUUCGUUUUUCUUAAAGUACUUGACACCCAAGCAGCGAGACGUUACCCAGAUCAUGGCGGCAGCAGCUCAAGCUUCUCACGAAUUGGUUCCUCCAGAUUCCAUAAGUGUAGUUAUUCGCAAGAUAGCCGACGAGUUUGUGAGUGAAGGAGUUGCAGCUGAAGUUGCUGCUGCUGGAAUCAACACCAUACGAGAGAUAUUAAGCCGUGCUCCACUUGCCAUAGACGAAACUUUAUUGCAAGAUUUGACCGAGUAUAAAGGUUCCAAAUCUAAGCCGGUGGUGAUGGCUGCGAGGUCGUUGAUAAGUUUGUACCGGGAAGUUGCACCAGAAAUGUUGAAAAAGAAAGACAGAGGAAAAGGUGCAAGCAUGGGUCUUCAGGCUGGAGAGAAAAAGGUUCCUCAGUUUGGAGAAAGUGGUCCACUGGGUAUUCCCGGCAUCGAGUUGUUGGCCAAAUGGCGUGCUGAAAAUGAAAAAAAUGAAAACAAAACAGAAGAGAAUGAGGAGGAAGAGGACGAGUGGAACGAGGAAGAGUGGGAGGUUGAUGAGAACGACAGCGACGAUGGUGAAGGCGGCUGGGUCAAUGUGGAGUCCGACGACAAUAUGGACGAUGUUUCCGAUGUCGAUAUUUCAGAAGACGAAUCUACGCCAACGGAGACUUCUGAGGAAGACAAAGUUGCCGCCGAAAAAGCCAUCACUGAUCUUCUUUCCUCGAGAAUUCUCACGCCGGCAGAUUUUGCCAAGUUGGAGGAAUUGCGAGUUCAAGCCGGUGUUGAAAAAUUGAUGGGUUCCACACAAAAGAACGAAGAACUGGUUGAUUCCGCAACGCUUGUGGGACCGGUAAAAUACAAGCUUCUUAAGGAAGAGAGAAUUGCACUUGCUCGUGAAGGAAAAGACGACAGAGAGAAAUUUGGUUCGAGAAGAGGAAAGAGAGACACGGCGCAUUCCACCACCAACAAGGAAAAGGCCCGCAAGAAGAACUUUGUGAUGAUGAUACACAAGAAAGCAGUGAAGGGCAAGCAGAAGCUCUCGUUGCGAGACCGCCAAAAGGUAUUGAAGGCGCAUGUUGAGCGUCAAAAGAAGGGAAGGCAUUAA